AUGGCAUGCUCUAUGUUUACACGAACAAGUUCUGGCAUGACGACAAGGGGGUGGUGGACAUUGCGAAGUUUUUGGAUGAGAAAGCCAAGCAGGAGAAGAUGCAGCAGAUUGAAGAGGAGAAGAAAGAAAUUGAGGACCAGAUCGAGUCUGCCGAGGACAAAGCGACAGAGUUGGGCCUCAUCCAGGAGGAGCCAGCGACAAAGCCCGCAGCGAAACCUGCUGCGGCCCCCUGCGCCUCCGGCGGCUGCAGCGCCCCCUGCGCCUCCGGCGGCUGCGGCGCCUCCGGCACCUCCGGCAGCCGCGGCGCCUCCAGCACCUCCGGCGGCCGCGGCGCCUCCGGCACCUGCAGCAACAGAGCCGGCGGUGACUUUGGACCCUAUGGAAAAGUUUGAAGAGAUUGCCAACACUGCUUCUUUGGCCAAGGAGGCGGCGGAGGAGGCAGAGGAGGCCCAUGUGGACCCAGCGACUGCUGCAGCAAAGGUUCUGGGUGCCGCACUUGACAAGGCCGAGGAGACCAAGGCCGAGGAAGUGACGGCACCAGCGGAGCUGGCAAAGCCGUCUGCCACAAUCGACGCCCUUGCUGCUGGUGUGAAGGAGUUGGCUGCGGCAGCCCCCGCCGAGCUGGCAAAGCCGUCUGCCACACUCGACGCCGUUGCUGCUGGUGUGAAAGACUCGGCCGCGGCCAUUGCAGGCAGCCGCUGA